GAUUUCUUCUUCUGUGUCCGUCCCAAACAAAAAUUUCACCAUGUCGUCCGAGUUCCCCGACUCGUUCACUCAGCCAGGCGAUGACUCAGUCCCCCCCACCGGCUCCACUCGCCCUUUCGACGACGAUGGUUACCUAGGCUAUGACCCCCGCCUUUCGUCCCAGCGAUUCGAAUCCUUCUCUGCCACUCAAUUCGCCGACUCCGAGUCGCUCAAGGACUCGGCCACUGACUCACCCAUCUUCCACCACAGUUCCACGGUUGACGACGGGUUCGCGGCUCAAUCGGUUACCGAGGCCCAGUCUCCGCCGUUAGUCUAUACCCAAUCGAACGGGCUGGACUUCGAUGAAGGGUUUGGUGGAUCGGACGGUCCUAUUUUGCCUCCUCCGUCGGAGAUGGAACGCGAGGAGGGAGUGGCUCUCAGAGAAUGGAGAAGACAGAAUGCGAUUCGGCUAGAGGAGAAGGAGAAGAGGGAAAAGGAGUUGCUGAAUCAGAUAAUUGAUGAAGCUGAUGAAUACAAACUUGAUUUUUACCAAAAGAGAAAGACUGUGUGUGAAAACAACAAAACUUCCAACAGGGAAAAGGAGAAGGUAUUUCUGGCCAAUCAAGAAAAGUUUCAUGCCAAGGCUAAUAAGAACUACUGGAAGUCAAUAGCUGAGCUUAUUCCUAAUGAAGUGCCAGUUUUAGAAAAGAAGAGAGGGAAAAAAGACCAAGAAAAGAAGCCAUCUGUCGUUGUUAUCCAAGGUCCAAAGCCCGGCAAACCAACUGAUCUUUCUCGGAUGCGGCAGAUACUUGUAAAACUGAAGCACAAUACACCUGAGCACCUAAAGCAUGCUCCACCACCACCUCCCCCGCCAGCUGCUUCCCCGUCGAAUCAGGCUAAAGGCAAUGCUGCUUCUGUCUCAGCUGCUCCCGCUAAGGCUGUUGCUGUUGCUUGAUAGCUUUUUCUUGACCUUUUAGUGUGUCUAGGUUAAAAUAUGUAAGUUGUACUUGAUUAGAAUGUAUGGUGUUUACCCGCAUACUUUGCUUCUAGAGUAGCAGUCAAUGGUAUGAUAAAUUUUACCUUUUAUGUAUAAGAAUUUGGCUAUUUGAAGAGGAUUCACCUCAUAUGUGUUAUAUAUGAAAUUUAUAUUAUCUUA